AUGUCCACCAGCAACUACUCCAUCCCAUCAAUCAUCGCCGCCUAUGGCCUCGGUAUUGCUCCACACGGGUAUUACUUGGUAAAGAUGAUGGCCAAUGCAAGGGGCCAAUCGAGCAAUAUCCUGCCUCGAGAAAACCUCUCCACCCUGAAAGGUCAAAUCUCAGCCCAAGUAUGGGACAAACUUGCCAGAGCCCGUGGCGCACACUUGAACGCUAUGGAGGGACUUCCGAUGUUUGCAGCUGCAAUGCUUGCAGGAAACCUGGCGAAUCUCCCAGCGAAGGAUAUGAAUACUUUGGCAGUUGAGUACCUCGGUGCGCGAAUCUUAUACACGGCCCUUUAUAUGGGUGUCCGAUCGGAGGCGGCGAGUUAUCUGCGGACAGGUGUUUGGGCUUGGAGUAUUUCGCUUCCGAUCUGGGCGUUGUAUAAGGCUGGGAAGGCACUUAAUGCUGCCGAGUGA